AGAUCUCCGAGUCUGAAAACUUUCAUAGCGGACCGGCUGGCCGUAUGCCCACAGGGAAGGAGUUACCAGGCCCGCCCAUCGCCCCCGCCGUGGGACGAGCGCCAGACAUUGUAACACGCCAUCCGUCCUGCGCGCGCGCGCCUUAAACCUCGCUCUCUGUCGUGAGGAGGUGGAUAUAGCAGAGCGCCGUCGUUGACUCCUUCCUUUUUCCUAAGAGCGGCCAGGCGGUGGCAGCGGGACAGCGAUAGCAGGGCCGCCACUGCAGUGAAGGGCGGAAGGCUCUUCUUCACAAACAGGCGGUGCUUAGCGUGCCCCCCUCCCUCCCGUCCUUUCUGGAAAGCCUGUUUCGCCGAGUCUGGGUGGCUCCCGCUGAUAACUGAAAAGAUGAACAGCCUCGAGGCGAGAGCAUGAAGGAACCGGCCGGGCCAGCGGCGGCAUAUGUGAACUCCACGAGAGGCAAAGCGUGAGAAGCUACGCGCUUCCCUUCGCCCUUGCUGGGCCUGAUCCGACUACCUCCACCUCCCGCUCCUCUAGCUGGGGGAUACUUUAAAGACCCGUCCCCGAGACGCGCCGCCGCUAAGCGAUUGGCUGAGGCUGGCCCGCUCUCUUUCACUGGUUGGCGCCGGCUUCCUCUGUUUGGUGGCUUCGCUUGUGUCAGUGUGUAGGCUCGAGGGGAGGGCUGCUGCUGGCGGUGGUGUCAAAGAGGAAGCUUCGAGGCUGGCUGUGUCUUAGGUUCUUGUUUUGCUCAGUCAGGGGCGGGUGUUUGCACUGAACGACAAGGGAGCCUAGACAGCGUAGGAUACACACUCAAACGCGCGCGUAUGUAGUGUUUGCCUCUUCAAACUGGGAAAACGCCACGGAGGCGUUCCCACGUGAGUCGAUGAGGGCGGCGGGGCCGGCUGGCUUUCCCCUUUUACCUGAACUGGGCCUUUGCUGCCUCGUUUAAGGUGGUAAGAGGGACGUGAGUCGAGAAAGGCUAGUGAUGUCGGUGGUCCCCGGUGGGUAGUGCUAAGUAAAGGCUUGUGGGGCUGGCUAGCGGGAGGAGAAUAAGCGAGGGCUGUGGGUGCGCGUGUGUAUAGAGAAAGAAACCAGGCUGAGGUGGUGCGCCUUUAGGACGCUCCUUCGGCGGGGUAAGGAGGCGAGUGAGUAGAAGGGACCAGAUCGCUUCGCCCCUCUUCUCCCUCCUUUCCUCUUACCCCCUUUCUUCCAAGGGCUGCGUCUGCGUCUUUCCCUGACUGUGGGGCGCAGGGAGAGGGAAGCGUGGAGGGACCAGACUUCUUGCUGCAGGCAGGAGAGAGAAGAGCAGGGACAAGAGCAACCGUGUUGCUGCCGGUGCCGGCGGCGGCAAAAGCAUCAUCAUCACCUGGCGCGGCGGCGGCUGCAAGGGCAAGGGCGGAGGGAAACAGAAAGGCGGGGAGGGGCAGCAGGGUGGCUGCCGGCCUGGGAGGCGCGGCGUGUUGCGUUUCGUUGCCUCUUGAGUGCGGCAUAGUAUAGCCCAGCAAAGGCGGGGUGCCGCUUGGCAGUUGAAAGCACUCUGAGUAGUAGGCGCCUGCUUGGGGAAGGAAGGGACUCCACGGGGCCAAGCCAGGCAAAGCCGCGGUAGGAGUUGCUCAUCCUCCGGCCCGCGUUGCCGCCCGUGUGAGGAGGCGCCAUGAAAGGAAAGCCUGUGCAGCAGCCGCCGACGCCGCACACGCCACCUCCACCGCCAAGCUCCGGCUCUCCGAGGCUGAAAACGGCAGGAGGAGGAGGAGGAGCUGCCGAUGCAGCAUCCGCAGGCGCCGAGGAAGUGCCUCGCUUGCCGGCGAGUGACGGGGAUGCUCCUGCCGGCCAAGGCGGCUCCUCGUCGGAGCCGGACACCGGGUUGACUCCCGCCUCGGCUGCCGGCGAUGGGCUGGGUAGACCGCUGGGUCCCACGCCGAGCCAGAGCCGCUUUCAGGUGGACCUAGUGGCGGAGAGCUCUGGGCGAGUAGCCGCGGAUGAAGAGGCGAGGACGACAGAAGUGCCUCCUAAAGCCCCCGGAGAUGGGUCUGGGAAAGGCAGCGAGGAAGCGAAAGGCCGGUUCCGGGUAAACUUCGUGGAUCCCUCAGCCGGAGACGACAGCUCAGGCGAACCCGGCGGAGGUGGCUUUGAGGGUUGCAAUGUCAGCUUCCAAAACGGCGGCGACACGGUACUGAGCGAGGGGAGCCUCCAUUCCGGGGGCGGCUCGGGGGGACACCAUCAUUACUACUACGAUACUCAUACCAAUACCUACUACCUGCGCACCUUCGGCCACAAUACCAUAGAUGCCGUACCAAGGAUAGACUAUUAUCGGCAUACAGCCGCGGGCCUUGGGGAGAAGCUGAUCCGGCCCAGCCUGGCUGAGCUGCACGACGAGCUGGACAAGGAACCAUUUGAAGAUGGAUAUGCAAAUGGAGAAGAAGGAACUCCUACAGGAGAUGCCACUGCUACUUAUUCAGCUGAUAGUAAAGGGAUUGUGAAGUUUGGUUGGAUCAAAGGUGUAUUGGUACGAUGUAUGUUGAAUAUCUGGGGUGUGAUGCUGUUCAUUCGACUGUCCUGGAUUGUAGGACAUGCUGGCAUAGGACUUGCAGUCUUGGUGAUUGCGAUGGCCACUGUUGUAACUACGAUCACAGGCUUGUCUACAUCAGCAAUAGCUACCAAUGGCUUUGUAAGAGGAGGGGGAGCAUACUAUCUAAUUUCCAGAAGCCUGGGUCCAGAAUUUGGUGGUGCAAUAGGCUUGAUUUUUGCAUUUGCUAAUGCUGUUGCAGUAGCCAUGUAUGUUGUUGGUUUUGCAGAGACAGUUGUAGAACUGCUUAAGGAACAUGAUGUAGUUAUGUUGGAUCAGACGAAUGACAUCAGAAUUGUAGGAGCCAUCACAAUUGUUAUAUUAUUGGGCAUCUCUGUGGCAGGAAUGGAGUGGGAAGCUAAAGCACAAAUUGUUCUGCUUGUGAUCCUGCUAAUAGCUAUUGCUGACUUCAUCAUAGGAACAUUCAUUCCAUUUGAAAGCAAGAAGCCUAAAGGCUUUUUUGGCUACAAAGCUGAAAUCUUUUCUGAAAAUUUUGGACCGGAUUUCCGAGAUGAUCAAACUUUCUUUUCAGUAUUUGCUAUAUUUUUCCCAGCUGCAACAGGUAUUCUAGCUGGUGCAAAUAUCUCAGGUGAUCUUGCGGAUCCUCAGUCAGCCAUACCAAAAGGGACACUGUUGGCCAUUUUAAUUACUACAGUGGUUUACGUGGGAGUUGCAGUAUCUGUAGGUGCUUGUGUUGUUCGGGAAGCUACUGGGAACCUUAAUGACACCAUUAUUAGUGAGCUGACAAACUGUACUACUGCAGCUUGUAAGCUGAACUUUGACUUCUCCUGUGAAAAGAAAGCAUGUCCUUAUGGGCUAAUGAAUAACUUCCAGGUAAUGAGCAUGGUGUCAGGAUUUGCACCCUUGAUAUCAGCUGGAAUAUUUUCUGCCACCCUUUCUUCGGCAUUAGCAUCUCUUGUCAGUGCACCUAAAGUCUUCCAAGCUUUGUGUAAAGACAAUAUUUAUCCUGGUUUCCUGAUGUUUGCUAAAGGCUAUGGGAAGAAUAAUGAACCUUUGCGAGGGUAUCUUCUGACGUUCUUGAUUGCUCUUGGAUUCAUAUUAAUUGCUGAACUGAAUGUAAUUGCUCCAAUUAUUUCCAAUUUCUUCUUGGCUUCCUAUGCUUUAAUUAACUUCUCUGUAUUCCAUGCUUCACUUGCAAAAUCUCCAGGCUGGCGUCCUGCUUUUAAGUACUACAAUAUGUGGGUGUCUCUAGUUGGAGCAAUACUUUGCUGUAUAGUGAUGUUUGUUAUUAACUGGCGGGCAGCACUCCUCACGUACGUCAUUGUUCUAGGACUCUACAUUUAUGUAACUUACAAGAAGCCAGAUGUAAAUUGGGGAUCUUCAACUCAAGCACUCACUUACCUAAAUGCAUUGCAGCAUGCUGUUCGCCUUACAGGUGUGGAAGACCAUGUGAAAAACUUCAGGCCACAAUGUCUUGUCAUGAGUGGUGCUCCAAGCUCACGGCCAGCUUUGCUUCAUCUAGUCCACGCCUUCACCAAAAAUGUAGGAUUGAUGAUCUGUGGUCAUAUACAUCUGGGUCCUCGUAGGCAGGCCAUGAAGGAAUUGUCAACAGACUUGGCCAGAUACCAACGGUGGCUUAUUAAAAAUAAAAUUAAAGCCUUUUAUGCUCCAGUACAUGCAGAAGAUUUGAGAGAUGGUGCUCAAUACCUAAUGCAGGCUGCAGGUUUGGGACGAAUGAAACCAAACACUCUUGUUCUUGGAUUUAAGAAAGAUUGGCAAUCAGCUGACAUGAAUGAUGUUGACACCUACAUCAAUUUAUUACAUGAUGCCUUUGAUAUUCAGUAUGGAGUAGUUGUUAUCCGUCUGAGGGAAGGUCUGGACAUUUCUCAUCUUCAGGGGCAAGAAGAAUUAUUGUCAUCGCAAGAGAAAUCACCAGUUACCAAAGACGUUAUAGUAAAUGUGGACUAUAACAAGAAGACUGAGACAGUAACUUCUAAGCCUGUGAGUGAAAAAGCUCCUAUUCAUAAAGAAGAGGAAGAAGAUGGCAAGACUCCAACACAACCACUUUUGAAAAAAGAUCCUAAGGGUCUAUCGGUUCCCUUGAACUUGGCUGAUCAAAAACUGCUUGAUUCAAGUUCUCAGUUUCAGAAGAAACAAGGAAAAAAUAAUAUUGAUGUAUGGUGGCUUUUUGAUGAUGGGGGCUUGACACUGUUGAUUCCCUAUCUUCUGACAACCAAGAAAAAAUGGAAAGACUGUAGGAUCAGGGUGUUCAUUGGUGGAAAAAUAAACAGAAUAGAUCAUGACAGAAGAGCAAUGGCUACAUUGCUCAGCAAAUUCCGAAUAGAUUUCUCAGAUAUCAUGGUCCUUGGUGAUAUCAAUACAAAGCCAAAGAAAGAAAACAUUGCAGCUUUCGAAGAAAUGAUUGAGCCAUUCAGACUUCAUGAAGAUGAUAAAGAACAAGAUGUGGCAGAUAAAAUGAAAGAAGAUGAACCUUGGAGAAUCACAGAUAAUGAAAUUGAGCUGUACAAAACAAAGAGCUACCGCCAGAUUAGGUUAAAUGAAUUACUGAAAGAACAUUCAAGCACAGCUAAUCUAAUAGUUAUAAGUUUGCCAGUUGCACGAAAAAGUGCGGUAUCAAGUGCUCUAUACAUGGCCUGGAUAGAAGCUCUUUCAAAGGACCUGCCACCAGUUCUCCUUGUUCGUGGGAAUCAUCAGAGUGUUCUUACUUUCUAUUCCUAAGCACUACUGCAUGAUAUGCAGCUAUGAAGAAAUGGUACUUCAGUGCCUAAAGGGGAGAGACUGAGAUGUUUGAUUAAAAUAUUAACAUCACACACAGGCAAAAAGUGACUACUCUUUCACUAUUCCACUGACUUGAAAGCACACAAGGAAAGUCACUAUACUCCUAGAGUUGUGAAAGCUUCAGUUUUCUUCUAAUUCUUUUGUAAUUUAAUCUUGCUUAAUGGGAGAAGAUUUCUUGUUGGACUGAAGAAUGAAUAAACAGGUUUUUCUUUGCUACUUGAGCAGCAGCAAUAAAAGUGUUUAUUUUUGAUCAAUGAAAGGAUUAUAGAUUUAUAAAAGCCUUUUAGCCUUGAGGUGCCUUCUGAAGUUAACCAAAUUUCACAUCCAUAUUCCCUAUUUUGUAAAUUUAUAAAGAAUAUCAGUCUGCCAUUAGCUAGACUUAUUUUAGUUUCGAGACUCUUCCAUCUUAAUAAAAAUGCUGCGUUCUGGUCUUCCAUCAAGGUAUUAGUUUUUUGUUGUUUGUUUCCUAUUGUUUCGAAUGGUGUGUAUGUUUUGUUUUUUAAAGAUACCUGUUUUCAUCCGAGACAAAGCUAAAAAGUGGGGCAAGUUGGCUGUAAUAAAAACCAAAUUUGUUACAUUAACAUCUAUAUUAUUCAUUUUUUACCACUUAAUAAAGCUAAAGUAUAUUAAUUAUGAGAGGACCCUCUUCUCAGAUUGCAUCAUACCUGUUUUUUCCAUUGAGCUACCUUGGUUGAAGGUUAGUGGACCAGACUUCUCUCUGCAGCUGUGCUGUGAAGCUGCAGUUCUGUUAUAGGAUGCUGUAAAUGAUGGGAAUGUUGAUGUGAUGCCAUCUAACAGGAUACUUCAGUCUUUCAAGGACUGUCUACAUGAAGUUUAAUAGUAUGUUCAUCUACUUAAAUGGGACCACAUUUUUAUUAGAGGCGUCCCAAGGGCAAUUUAUUAAGUUGUCAGCAUCUAUGUUUAGUCUUGUUAAAUACUCAGGUUUGAUCCUCUUGACCGUAUAUUUUAAUUUGUAUAUGAUGACCUUGUGUAUUGAAGAACUGCCAAUUCGUGUGCCCUUAAUUUGUGUGUAUGUGUGCAUGGUUCGACUGCUUUAUAUUUUUUUACUCUGCUUACUGAAGAAUCACUUGAGGUUUUAUUCACUAGUUUGUAAUAGUGCUUAUGCCUGUUAACUGUAAGAGUUGCCUAAACCCCUUUUUCAUUCUCUUGGCGUUGAUAUGGGGUAAUACGGGCUAGAUUGAACAUUGUUUGAUAUUUUCAUUGUUUGAUAUUGAAGAUACAGAAUAUAAAUACACAAGAUUUUAUGCUAGACAAGAUCAAAGUAAACAAAAAAUAUAUUUUGGAAGUCCCAGUUACUGAGACAAGGUGAUUCUUGCAGAUGGUGAUUUGCAUUCUAGUAAGUUCAAACUCUCACUGUCUUACCAGUGUUUAUUGUGUUCUCCCUUUUUCAGAUGUGCAAUACAAAUUGGCUGCCAGGUAGAGUAAAUCAAUGCCAGUACCCAGUCCUCAUAGGAAAUUGAAACUUUUAUAACAAGAGCAUUUUUUUUCUAAAAAACAUUCCCAGUGUGUAAUAGCAUUGAUAACUACAAGUUUGCAGUGCUUAUUGGCAUAAUGGUAGGGGACAUAAAAUUAUUUAAUGAAUCUGAAAUUCCAUUUCUAUUGUUUAUCUACAGACAACAGGGCAUGAACUUAGUGCUGCUAUCAGGAAAAGGUAUACUGGUACACUUACUCAAAAUUUUGCCAUUUAGGAAAAUUCUGCUUGUUGUUUACAAAAGGACCCAAAUGAAAUGUGUGUGUGUGUGUUGUGUAAAAAUAUAAAAUUGAUUUAAAUAUGGAUGGGAGCAAAAUGUAUUCUGUACUAAUGGUUGCUUCUCACAUGAGAAUUCUCAGUAUCUCACUCUCUCACACACACACACAGAAAAUCAACCAUUGUAAAAUUUAUUAUAAUGCUUCAGUAAACUUAAACUAUAACUUGUUAGCAAGAGGCAAGUUUAUGAUAUAUAGCCAUUCCAAUUUCUAUUUAGUAUGAACUGAAAUUUUCUUUUUGGCAUCAUGUUUUCUUCAGUUCCAAUCAGUAAUGAUUUGAAAUAAUUGUUUUCCAUUGACACUCAGCAAUACCAUUUCUGUAGAUGAAACUUCAUUUUAUCAAAUCAGGAAUUCUUUAGAAAGUAGCUAAACAAAUCAAUUAUUUAUUCAUUUCAUUAUGUUUGUAUUAGACUUUACUUUUUACAUAAUUUGUUUUAUAUGCUUUUCUGUUUAUUUAAAAAUGAACUAUGGUCUUAAUUUAAGGAUUGAGCUUUGGUUGGUACUAUCCACAGUUUGAAGACGUCAUGUCAUAUUUUGAUGAUGUUGUACUGUAACUGUCACAUACAGUGGAUUUUCUAAUGUUUUAACAACUUAAGUAUUGCAGUUACUACUCUGUAAUUGAGGAGGGAUCACUGCAAUAAAUGGGAGUGAAUUAA